AUGCGUGUUCUCAGUAUAACUUUGAAAGAAUCUUUGAUCGAUUUUGUUGGAGCACUUUCCGGUUUAAUUUUUUUAGCAUUUUUAUUCGGAGCAGCAGCUUACGUUGUCGAAAGCGAAAAGAAUUCAGAAAUGUUCGAUUCAAUUCCGAAAGCAACCUAUUGGGGAGUUAUCACAAUUACAACUGUCGGCUAUGGAGAUAUAUAUCCGAUCACAGUUGCUGGUGGUAUAAUAGCUAGCUUAUGUGCUUUAUCUGGUGCAGCAAUUAUUGGUAUGUUUGUUUCAGUUCUGGUUGAUCGUUACCAACGUGUCUUUAAUCGAAAGAUGUAUUCUUCCUGUCAACAAAUGUCAUCAAACGAAUUCACUGAUGCAAGUUAUGAAAAUGAAGAUGAGGAACAAAAUAUAACUGAAGCAUUCUCAAGCAAUAGACAAUUAGUAGGCGAGCAAUCAGUUGAACAAAUAUUAAAUUUAAAUCGUGGAAAAAAAUUCGAUCAAGAAAAAUCACUGCAAUCAUCAGUACGAUCCAAACUCAAUUUCUCUAUUUCAUUCAAUGAUGCCACUAUUGAUAAUCAAUUAAUUAAUCAAAUCAUUAAACAUUUGAACGAAAAAUUUAUAGAAUUGCAACGAACUAUCAACAAAGAUAUUCAAUUACAAAUUGUUGAUGAUAAUGACAGAAUUCUUACUCAGCCGUGUGCUCCUGUAUUGAUCGGUUCAGUUUCUAGCGAUACAAAAAACGUUAAUUAG